UUUGCAUUGUUUAAUGUCUAAUUUAUAUCGAAAACAAAUGUUUAAUAGUGCAAGAUACAGCCAAGUUGGCAGCUGACGUAGGUACCUAAGAAUUGCGUAAAGAAAAUUCGAGCUACGUACAUACAAAGACUGAAAACAUACCGUAGAACGUGUGGAACGCUGAAAAGCCAAUUAUAGUAGAUUAAAAGCCAUAGAAAAGCUUUCUAGAAUGAUAAUGAAGUUUCAUUUCACCUAUAAUCUAUAUAGAUCGAGCACAGACCUACUGAAAGAUCGGUCUUAGUUAAAAAUAGAUGCAUGCUCGCGUCGGCUCUGUACUCCGUCGCCUAACCUAUAAAAUCAGUAAUCACUUUCUACCCAGCGUGUAUAGUCGAGUAAACAGAGCAAUAAGCUUUAAAAUGUCCACAAAUACGGUCGGUUUCUUCAAAAAGUUCCACGACACAAUAAACGAAAAGUUAGACGACGUCGCGCGGAAUAACUUUGCUAAUUUAGAAACUAAUGCGAAGCGUGUGUCCUAUUUGUGCAGUCUUCCUUUGAUAAGGAACUAUGAGCUGGACGUGAAAUGUCAGGAAAUGCCGAGGAAAGACGUUGCAAAGGCGAAGGAAUUGAAGGACGGCGGGAAUGCGGCGGUGCAGAAAGGAGAUUGGGGCCGUGCUAUGCAAUUGUACACUGAAAGCAUGAUUUAUAUGCCGAGAAAAGAGAGUGAAGAACUCUCCAUACUUCUGGCCAAUCGCUCAGCAGCGCUCAACCAUAUCGGGCUAUACGAAGAGGCCCUGGCUGACAUCAAACGCUGCUUGGCUCUGGGAUACCCUGAACAUCUUCAAUACAAGGUGCAGGAACGCAAGGCGAGGUGCCUGCUGGUGCUGCAGAGGAAUCAGGAAGCUAUCAGCGCGUUCCAAGAAACUAUCAGAGCCCUUGACCGCGCCUCAAGACUGGCCAGCGAUAAAAGACAGAAGAUGCACGCCGACUCCAAACUCAUGAUAGAACUCCUCAACAAAGGCAUGGUGCUGGCCGGUAACCCAAAAGACCCAGCACCAGUCAAAAAAUCUCCUCCUAAACCAAAGCUAACUGGGAAACAUAAUCCGAACUACCCCGCGGCUUCCGAAGCUAUUGAGAUCAAGUAUAGUGAGAGCCAAGGAAGAUUUGCUGCAGCUACAAGAGAUAUUGGUGCUGGAGAAGUGUUGUUAAUUGAGAGACCGCAUAGUGGGGUGUUGCUGAGCGAGUUUGCAAAGACGCAUUGCCAGCAUUGCUUUAUAAAAUGCUCGAUUCCUCUGGCCUGUCCAAACUGCCCCAACGUCAUCUUCUGCAGUGACAGCUGCCUGGAGGCCGCACAGAAAUCCUACCACGCCUACGAGUGCCACAUACUUCCCCUCAUCUGGCAAUCUGGCUGCUCCAUCACCUGCCACAUCGCUUUGAGAAUGAUCACCCAAAACAAAAAGGAAUACUUCAAAAACCUCAAAGACUUAGACGUCAAAACAACAGGCCCCUACCAGACUGAUGACUACAGAAAUAUAUAUCAUCUGGUUUCACACGAAGACAAGAGAACUAAGCAGGAUUUUUUGCACAGGACACAAAUGACAGCUUUCCUAGUGAAGCUGCUUGAAAUCAGUGGUUACUUCGAUGGGAAACCACGCAAAACUCAUAUAGAAACUAAUGAUGUGAAAACCAUGGGUGUGAAUGAGAUUUACAAGGAUGAUAUCGCCUUAAUCGGAGGUUUAAUUUUAAAGAAUCUUCAAGUCUUACAGUUCAACGCUCACGAAGUGUUUGAGCUCCAGUGCCCGAAGCCCAAAGUGGGCCAGAACGUUAUAAAACACGUGGGGAAAUCCGUGUUCAUCGCUGGCGCCGUGUUUCCCACUCUCGCGCUGUUCAAUCAUUCAUGCGAUCCUGGUGUCGUGAGGUACUUCAGCGGCAAUCGCAUCGUUGUCCGAGCCGUCAAGAACAUCCCCAAAGGCGAGGAGGUGGCGGAGAACUACGGGCCCAUAUUCACCACAGUGCCCAAGGUGGAAAGGCAGGCGCAACUAAAGGAGCAGUAUUGGUUCGACUGCACUUGCACGCCUUGCCGCGAGAACUGGCCGCGAUAUGAGGAGAUGACGGAGAACUAUAUGAGAUUCAAAUGCGACUCCGACCAUCCGUGCCCCAACGUGAUCGCAGUUCCCUACGACGCUAAAGAGUUCAUGAUCCAAUGCGGACUCUGCUCGCAGUACACCAACAUCAUGAAGGGUCUCAAGUCUUUACAGGACACCGACAUGCUCUACCGCCUCGGUAAAGGCGCCAUGGAGGAAGGCAACUACGGUGAAGCCAUGAAGAAGCUCAUCGAGGUCCUGAAGCUAUAUGACGUCACACUCCGGCCCCCGUAUCGCUCCUACUACGACUGUGUACAAGACCUGAGAAGGUCUAUGCUUUCUAUCGGCAAUUAUAGUCUUGUGUAAAUGUGUAUUAUUUCGUUUUUGUAUUAUUAAAUAUUGAAUAGUAA